AUUUUCCAGAGACUUGAGUUCCGUUUAACCUUUCCAUAAUUCUUCUUCCUUCUAACUCAAACCCUAGAGACCCCAAGACUUGUUUAAUAUCAUUAAGUCCCUCUCUGUACCUUCGACAUUUUGGCGAUAAUCCUCGGUGUUGAAUUUAUUCUCUGAGUGUUUUUGCCUUCCUAUCUUUUCUGGAGUUUUAAGGCUGCGGAAAACUUGAAUAUAAGCUCCUUAGAGCAUGAGCACUCAGACAGCGAGGGGAGCUCCUUUAAGAGGAUAUCGUCGAAGGAAGGCACUGCCGGAUCUUAAUUCACCACCAUGUGAAAGCAGAGAUCGGGAGGGGACGUCGAAUGAUAUCAGUUUACAGGAAGUGCAAGCUAGGCAACAAGGGUCGACAAUACCACCUGCUCCUAUUGAUGUUGAGGCAAUUGAUGACGAUGUUAUUGAGUCAUCUCCUAGGGCUUUUGCCGAAGCUAAAAACAAUUCUAGAAGGAACCAUGGAAGGAGUUUAGUGGUUGAUUUAGAUUCAGGUAACAUUGGAAGAUCUGCAAGGUUGACUAAUAAUAACUGUAGCAAGCGCAGAAGGGUAUCACCUAACUCAAGUGUUACCAAUUGUGAUGUGUACAUAAAUUUGGAAAGCACUAGCAACUCUAUGAGAGAGACUGUUAGUGUGCCUCAACCACCUCCACCUCGACCUCCACCUCCUAAGGAGCCUAUAUUUACUUGCCCAAUUUGCAUGGGCCCAUUAGUGGAGGAGAUGUCAACAAAGUGUGGUCACAUAUUCUGCAAGGGAUGCAUUCGGGCUGCAAUAUCAGCACAGGCUAAAUGCCCCACAUGUAGGAAAAAGGUCACAGCAAAAGAACUCUUUAGGGUCUUCCUUCCUGCAACCAGUUAAAUGACAGUUUCAAGCCCAAUAACUAAUCAUCUAUCCCUAUGCUUCAACCAAGAGAUAAGGGGACGUACUUUCCGAAAAAUGUGUCGUCUGUGGUAUGCUUGCAUUAGAGUUUUGCUGGGCAGUAACCUCUGCGCAAAAUCUGGUAGGACUGAUGCCAAGAGGAUAUCUCCUGCUGAAUACUUUCUAAAGCUUUUCUAACCUGUUCGACAUUAGAAUAUUUCCCAAGACUGCUUGAUAGACAAGAUUUUAACCCUUCAAGUUCUGAUAUAGUUACAUACUUUGGACAACCCACAGUAGGAGUGGUGUUGAUCCUACGAUUAGCCCCGUUUCCAUGAAUGAAUUGUGUUGGAUCCAAGUAGACUGAAAGUCCGAAACCUCACAAAAGACAUUACCCUGGAAAUGGGAAAUAAUAGGACACAACACACAAUCAGACCAUGUAGAAUACCGGAUUUUCUAAUUACUUGGGGUUUUCUUUAUAGUCAUUUGCUGACAAUGUUUGGGGCAGCUCAAUUUAAUUCUAUCUGCCCGGUGCGUCAAUGUUUUAUUACACAUUAUGUGGUGCUAAAGGUAUAUUCAAAUUGAAUCGAGUUUGAGUUUAAGUUAUCUUAA